AUGCAAAUAUCAUUACAGUUGGUGGUAAGUUCAAAUCUAGAAGCAGCGCAGUCUAUACUGUCUGUAAUCCCGGCACCAGUUGAAACUCCCACUAAAACUGACGAUGAAGAUAGUUUUAUAGGGCGUAUCACACCGCCUUUAACAAGUGAACCAAAUGGAAAUGCCGAUGAGGUAGUAACACCUGAUCAUUUUGAAGUUUGGCCUUCAAUCAUAAAAAUAUCUGAGUUUGAAGAUUUUCAAUUCAACUAUACAGGUAACAUUGAAAUUCGAGUUUGUUUCAAAUCAAAUUCUGUUGAUUUCAUCAUAUUUAUCACUGAUUAUUCAACUUAG